GUCACUGGCAGCCAUUGAGCUCUGAACAGAGAUUUCAAGGCUGAGGAGCAGACAUGUCGGCCGUAGGUGAAAGUGCCGGUGGGGUGAGCCCGGACGGAGCAGGGGCAGAAGGUCCGCCCGGCCCUGAUGGCCAGUCUGGUCACGGAAGAGCUGAUGACUCCGCUCCACGGGUGGUGCCGCCUCACGAUGUGCCUGCACCCGGAGCCCCGGAAAACCAAAUGCUGGUGUGCUCUCUGAACGUCCCAUUGGAGUCCCCCCUGGUAGCAGAGUUCGUUCAACAUAACGUGCUGCAAGGUACCCAGAACACUGGCACCGGGGUUAAUAGAGAAGUCACGACUCAGGGCAGCGUCAUAACUGUCAGAUGGACUGAGGAAGACCCUCUUCUCUUACGAACUUCCACCAACCCCUUCCUGGAACAACUUGACCUGGUGAUGCACUGCAUUCCUGCCCCUAUGUUUCCGUAUGAGGGAGCUCUCAGCAUGCAAAGGAGGGGCAAUACCUAAGCUUCCAUCUCAGCCCGUGGAUCCUUCCCCGGGCACUGAAGGCUCUGGAGCAGUUUGCCAAGAGGGGCCUAACCCCUGAGCUCCGUGGGCCCACAGCUUUGGUUUUCUAGUUGCUGGGGAAGGAAGGGCCUUCAUUGUUUGUCACUGCCAAAAAUAAAGCUGAGAAGCAACCCCUCGUACUGUUAUUGGAGGGGAGUUUCUGGGACGCAGAUUUUCAAUUAUUUCAAUAAAACGGAGGUCAGUUUAAAAGAU